GUCACAUUUGAUUUAGGUCAAUUGUCACGAUAAUAAUAAAGGAAAAAAAAUGAGAAGGGUCCAAUAAUAUGAUAUAUUUUUAUUAUAUUAAUUAUACAACAAGCCACCCUUGAUUUAUUAUUUGUAUUUAAUAAACCAGAGAGAAAUAAAGAAGGUGGUGCAUCAACUCUUCUUUCUCUGUUCCAUUGCACCAAAUCACCAAACACAAUAUCUCAUCAUUCUCUUGGCAAACUCAAAACAUAUAAAAAAGAUGAGCCAUACUUCCCGCAGCUUUGGCUCCUCCGUUAAUACUUUCAUCACCAUGAUCAUGAUGAUUCUCUGCAUUGCCUUCUGCUUGCUUGGAGCUAAUUCGGUGGCAGCAGCUCAGGAGGAUGUACUGAAUCCAGAAACCCCUAUCAGCCGAGAGGACUUGGUGAAGAUUGCGGGAUAUGGUGAGGAUAAGCUGUCGACCGUCCUCAUCACCGGUUCGGUUCUUUGUGAUGAGGCAGCUGGCCGCUUGAAUGACAAUGGUGAUGAUGAAGCUCGAACUCUUCCCAGACCUCAGCCUGUAUCAGGUCAAUAGGGAACGAAUAUUGCAGGCAUAUAUCGCGAUCUCAUGUAAAAAGUGAGUCUUGAACUAAGGAUCUUUUGCUUCUAAUGAUCAUCAUCUGUUCUCUUGCUUCUUUGCUAAUGUACUGUGGAAUUGAACUAAAUAAAUUUUCAAAUAAAUGAUCGUGCGCCUCUCCGUUGAAUUUCUGAUUAAUUUUGUGAAUUUAUCCGGCUAGUAUCCAAUAUUACGUCUCGUGUCUUCUAUCAAAUAAUGAAACGAAUUUAGUAAAUGUUUAAACCACAUUUAAGAAUCACGUGGAUUUAAGGUCUGAUUAAGUUCAAAAUUUUCACAUUGUCGAUCGGAAUUAAACGACGACACCUCACAUAAGAGUAAGUACUAGGAGGAGUAUGUAGCCGUCUAUAUUAAGGUAUGUUUGUGUAUCUCUCAUCACCGAGAUCAAAAUCAGAAUCAAAUUUAAUGAUGUUGAGAAAUACGCAUUACUAUUUUGUGUCUGCUCCAAUGUUUCUCUCAGCCAAGGAAUGUACAAUAUGAAGAAAAUGAAGCACUACCAGAACUGCUAGAGGCUUGGCAACGGUCACUUGAUCCCAAAGAACUUCCAAAUCAAAUCCAUUUCCUCUCCCUGAAGCAUUCGAAGCACACUUUUUAUUUGAUUUCACCUACAACGGAAUACGACAUUUAACAAAUAUUCAAACCUGAAAUCAAAUUGUUUCGAACACA